AUGCUGAGGCUCCCUGCAGACGUUUGCACGCUGUUAGAUGGCGUCACACUUCGGAGGGCUUCAUCCCCCAGCGUGAGCAGGAGGGCUGGGACACCAAAGGAAAUAAUUCCUGGGCUGCGGUGGUGCAGCAAACGCUGCCUGAAGCCGGAACGCCGGAACGAGAAAGGGGAGCUGCCCAGUGGCAGGAUGGAGGAGCAGAGCGGGCCUGCAGAGGGUGCCCUGAAGUGCGGCUGGCUGCGCAAGCAAGGAGGCUUCGUCAAGACCUGGCACAGCCGCUGGUUCGUGCUCAAGGGAGACCUGCUGUACUACUUCAAGGAUGAGGAGGAGACCAAGCCCUUGGGUGCCAUCUUCCUGCCUGGCAACAGAGUGCUUGAGCAUCCCUGCAAUGAGGAAAGCCCAGGGAAGUUCCUUUUUGAAGUUGUCCCAGAAGAUGGAAUAAACAGAUGGUUCCUUGAUGAAGUCCAGUCCUACUCAGGCAUCAACAAGAUGAGCGUGCAGAACCUGGCCACCGUCUUUGGCCCCAACAUCCUUCGCCCCAAGGUGGAAGAUCCUCUGACUAUCAUGGAGGGCACGGUGGUCGUCCAGCAGCUGAUGUCGGUGAUGAUCAGCAAGCACGAGGAGCUGUUUCCCAAGGAGCCCGAGGUUGCGGCGGGGGCAGAGGUGUGCAGCAACAGCGCAACGCCAAAGCGAGCGGGCGGGGGGCAGCCCCCCGGCGGGCAGCCCCCCGGCGGGCAGCCCCCGGGCAAGGAGAGCAGCGCCGCCAAGGAGCCUGCCCUCAGGCGCUGCUCCUGGGAGAAGCCCGAGGCGCCCCGCAGGGCGAGCCUGGAGGCCGAGCCGCAGCCCGCCCCGCCGGGCAGCAGGGCCGGCAGCCCCCGGCACAGCCUGCAGAGGGCAGAUGUCAGCAGGAGCCCCCCCGCGCCGCUGAAGAAGAACCCCGCCUUCAACAAGGGCAGCGGCAUCGUCACCAACGGCUCCUUCAGCAGCUCCCUGGAGGGCCCCGAGUGCGGCCAGCCCUCGGCCGGCUGCGGCCCGCCGGCCCGCAGAGCCGCCGCGGGCAAAGGCGCCGUCACCAGGAUGGGCACCCAGAGCGUGCCGAGCGGAGCGGCACGGCCGGCGGGCGGCGAGGGGCACGGCGCCCCCCCGGGCCCGGGCCGCGUCCCCAACGGCUGCGUGGCGCUGCGGGACGGCCGGCAGCGGGAAGGGCCGCCCGAGGCCGGCCAGCACCACCGGCUCUCCACCUACGACAACGUGCACCAGCACUUCCCCCCGGGCGGCUCCGAGGACAAGCAGAGCGUGGACAGCGCCAGCUGGUCCACCUCCUCCUGUGAGAUCUCCCUCCCCGAGCACUCCACCUCCUGUCGCUCCUCCACCACCACCUGCCCCGAGCAGGACUUUUUCGUGGGCGCCUUUGAAGACUCGGUGCUGGAUGGCCCGGCCCAGGAGGAGCUCUCUAACCCGGAGGAUUAUGAGAACAGGAGCGACAGGAGGAGCCUGGGGGCCCACAGCAGCAGGGCCACCAGCGGCAGCGAGAACGGAGAGACCUUCGCGGGCGGCAGCGCCAGCAGCCACAGCGCCCUGCACAGCCUGGUGGCCAGCCUGAAGCAGGAGAUGGCCAAGCAGAAAGCGGAGUAUGAGACCAGGAUAAAAAGCCUGGAGCAGAGGAACCUCAGCCUGGAGACAGAGCUGCUGGCCCUGCACGAGGAGCUGGACCAGGAGCGGAAGAAGUUCACCAUGGUGGAGAUCAAGAUGCGCAACGCGGAGCGGGCCAAGGAGGACGCGGAGAAGAGGAACGCCAUGCUGCAGCAGGAGAUGGAGCAGUUCUUCUCCACCUUUGGGGAGCUGACAGUGGAGUCUCGCAGGCCAGACAGGGCCAACACCAUCUGGAUCCAGUGAGGCUGGGCAGGAGGAGACUGUGGGGGCCCCCCCGGGGUGCCGCA